AUUCCACAAUCCGCUCGCACUGUCAAAAAAUAAAACUGAACAAACAUCUGAAAUUGUCAUAAAAAUUUAUUUCUAUUUUUUGUUAUAAAUUAAUAGUCAAUCAUAUUUUCAUCAACUCCAUCCCAUGUAAAAUAUAAUAAAUAUGUUUUCCCUCCAAAAUCAGAAUCAAGCAAUACUUACUCUUUCCCAAUUUUCCUCUAAAAUAAAUUCACGACAGAAUGCAUAUCUGAAGAAAAAGUCAACAAAUAAGAAAGAAGAUGUAACGUUUAUCUGCUUGGAUAGCUUUAUGGAAACUUUGAAAAAAGCUGACUUUUCAUUUGCAAAAUACUUCAACAUCAAAGCUCUCACUGAGAAUCAUAUUUUACAUAAAUUUAGAGUUUCUUAUAUAUCUUUCGAUAGCUUUUUAGAAAACAAACGUGGUAUCUGUGAGAAAGAGCUUAUAGAUGAUCUGCCUUCAUUGUUAUUCAAUGAUAAAUCUAAAGAGAUUAAGAAGCUAAAUAAUAUUUCUAUUUUGAGCAGUCCUUCAAGUAUAGAUUGUUAUGUAAAAAAAUUUGAUAUGCAAAUUAGGGGAUUCAAGACAGACAGAACUGUAGAAGCAGAAUUAGUAAGGAAUCCAUCACUUUUAAGAAGAUUAAAAGUUGUAUUUGGAAUGCAACAUUCUACACAGGUUGAUUCAUCAAAACCUCCCAAAGAUAUUACUUCAAAUAAUGAACGAUUAAAACACAUUUUAACUAAUGAAGCACAAAAUAUAACAGAUGGUGAGAAGGAAAGACUCAAAAUAGCCUUUGCAGAAGGAUAUUUACUUGGAAAUAAUCCAAAGUCUGGAAAAGCUGCUAAAUAUUUUAAAGUAGUACAACAGGUUUUAACUGUGGCAAUAUUCUUUGCUAUCAUCAUUAGUUUAAUGGCAAGUGCCAGUGGCUCUUCAUUCAGGAUACAAUUAGGCAAUCAAUUGGAAGUGGAUCCUGAAGAAAUACAUGUUAAAUUUAGUGAUGUAAAAGGAGCAGAUGAAGCCAAGAAAGAAUUGAAAGAUGUUGUAGAGUUCCUUAAAAAUCCAGAUAAGUUUUCAAAUCUUGGUGCUAAAUUACCUAAGGGAGUUUUAUUAGUAGGCCCACCAGGAACUGGAAAGACACUUUUAGCAAGAGCAGUUGCUGGAGAAGCUGGGGUGCCAUUUUUCCAUGCUGCUGGACCAGAGUUUGAUGAAGUGUUAGUAGGACAAGGAGCGCGUAGAGUUCGAGAUUUAUUCAAAUCUGCAAAGGAAAGAGCACCUUGUGUGGUAUUUAUCGAUGAAAUUGAUUCUGUUGGUGCAAAACGUACAAAUAGUGUAUUACAUCCUUAUGCAAAUCAAACUAUCAAUCAACUUCUGAGUGAAAUGGAUGGCUUCCAUCAGAAUGAAGGGGUGAUAGUGUUAGGUGCAACCAAUCGUCGAGAUGACUUGGACCAAGCACUUCUACGUCCUGGAAGAUUUGAUGUAGAAGUCACUGUUCCUACUCCCGAUUUUAUAGGAAGGAAAGAAAUAUUGAGCUUAUAUCUUAGUAAAAUUCUGUCGAAAGAUAUAGAUGUAGAUCUGUUAGCAAGAGGUACCACAGGAUUCACUGGAGCAGAUUUAGAAAACAUGGUGAAUCAGGCAGCUUUAAGGGCUGCUGUAGAUGGCGCUGAAUCAGUUAAUAUGAAGUACUUAGAAUCUGCACGAGAUAAGGUCCUGAUGGGGCCUGAGAGAAAAUCAAGAAUACUUGAUCCAGAAGACAAUAUCAUCACAGCUUACCAUGAAGGUGGACAUGCUAUUGUAGCUUAUUUCACCAAAGAAAGUCAUCCUCCCCACAAAGUAACAAUAAUUCCUAGAGGCCCUAGCUUAGGACACACAGCUUAUAUUCCAGAGAAAGAACGAUAUCAUACCACAAAAUCUCAGCUUCUGGCUAUGAUGGACACUAUGAUGGGAGGAAGAGCUGCAGAAGAGUUGAUUUUUGGACCAGAGAAAAUAACUUCAGGUGCUAGCUCGGAUCUUCAAAAGGCUACUUCCAUAGCUACCCAUAUGGUUAAAGAAUGGGGUAUGUCGGAGAAAGUUGGUCCAAGAACAUUACCUGAAAGAAAAUCUUUUGAUGCAGAAACAAUUGGACCUGCUACUAACGAAUUAGUGGAUAAUGAAAUCAGGAGGUUGCUUUCAGAAAGUUAUGAAAGAGCUAAAAACAUUCUUCGAACACAUGCUAAAGAGCAUAAAGCUUUAUCUGAAGCGUUGAUGAAAUAUGAAACAUUAGAUGCCGAUGAUAUAAAAGCUAUUGUGACAGACAAAAUACCUAACAUUGAGAAAGCAUAAUGGUGAUAUCAAAUUGAUUUAUGAGAGAAAAAUCUGUCUAUAAAAUCGUUAUAUAAACCUAUUAUUUCCUUUGGAGUUAUAAAACUGUAAAAAGAAAUUUUGUAGAAGGCUAAUUUGCCUUUUUGAAACGAAUAAACUUGGAAGUUUUCUGAAAAUUAUUAUAACUGAAAAUGAAAUAUUAUUAUAACUGUGCACUACAAUAAGAUUCAAUUUGAAAUAAAUAAUUUGAUUAUAGUAAUAAAGGAUCUUCAAGUUUCAGAAAAACUUGAAAAUAUUUA